CGCAAGGAGGCGUCAACAUUGUCGCUAGCGUCCCCACAAGACGUUUCGCCCUUACGCGCGUCAGUGCGGGUGUCACCGAUGCAGUCGGAUGCCCUACAACAGUGGUCGGAAUCUAACGAAUCCAUAACAGGACAAUGCGGACUAACCGAACUUUCAGGAACACACGGGUCCCUCGAAGGACCACGCGAAGAAAUGGAACACUUAUCUCGCACGACCAUACUCUCCCGGCAAGAAAGUCACCUCAGUGAGCAGGGAACAUCUUCUUCGAAGAGCGUUGACAUGCAUAAGAUUAAGACCAAGCAAGAACAACAGCAUAGUCUUCUCCAACAUACGAGCUGUGAUCGAGUUUCUCAAGUGCAAC